UCAGUACCACCGGUUGUAUUGUGUACACGUGCCGAAACAAGGUUAAUGCAGUUUGGAACGAUAGUUUUCGAUGAUCAGAAAUGCACGAUUUACAUGAAAUGCUGAAAAACGUAGUUCACUAAAACAAGAGAUCCACCUACAAUCGUUUGAGCUGAAAAGACAACGUUUUUCAAGAAAUAUUCGGCAUGGAUCGUAUGCAACCUGUACCAGAUGUGAUUAAUUUCCCAAAAGAAGAAGAGAAGAUUCUAGAAUUAUGGAAGAAACUAGAUGCAUUUCAGACGUCGCUGAAACAGUCAAAAGGAAAGCCACGUUAUGCAUUCUAUGAUGGCCCACCAUUUGCCACUGGUCUUCCUCAUUAUGGCCACAUUCUAGCUGGAACCAUCAAGGAUAUUGUGACGAGAUAUGCGCAUCAGAGCGGCUUCCAUGUCGACAGACGAUUUGGCUGGGAUUGUCAUGGGCUACCAGUUGAGUAUGAGAUUGACAAGACUCUUGGCAUCAAGGGACCUGAGGAUGUGGCUAAGAUGGGAAUUGAGGCGUACAACAACGAGUGCCGUAAGAUUGUCAUGAGAUACUCCAGCGACUGGGAGUACAUCGUUACGCGCCUGGGUCGAUGGAUUGACUUUAAGAAGGAUUAUAAGACGUUGUACCCAUGGUUCAUGGAGUCCAUCUGGUGGGUUUUCAGACAGUUGUUUGACAGCGGAUUGGUCUACAGAGGCUUCAAGGUGAUGCCAUUUUCUACAGCAUGUAAUACUCCACUGUCUAACUUUGAGUCCGGACAGAACUACAAGGAUGUUGUAGAUCCUGCUGUGAUUGUGAGUUUCCCAUUGGAUGAAGACCCGAAUGUGAGUCUCAUAGCCUGGACGACAACACCAUGGACUUUACCGAGUAACUUGGCUGUGUGCCUAAACGGUGACAUGGACUACGUCAAGAUUGUGCAUAAGAAAGACGACAAGGUGUACAUCAUGAUGGAAGCCAGGCUACCUGCGCUGUUUAAAGGUGAAGAUGAAUAUGAGAUACUAGACAAGUUCAAAGGCAGCGUGCUCAAAGGCAAGGGUUAUAAACCGAUUUUCAACUACUUUAUUGAGCUGAAAAAGACUGGUGCCUUUAGAGUUCUGACUGAUGGAUACGUUACCAAUGACAGUGGUACAGGUGUCGUUCAGCAAGCAGCUUACUUCGGCCAGGAUGAUUACCGCGUGUGUUUAGAGCAAGGGAUCAUUACCAAAGAGAUGGUGGUGUGUCCGGUUGACUCUAGUGGUAGAUUCACCAGCGAAGUCACUGAUUUUGCUGGUCAGUACGUCAAGGAUGCCGAUAAACAGAUCAUCAAGUGGCUAAAGAACCAAGGUCGUCUGGUAGACCACAGCACCUGCAAGCAUAGCUACCCAUUCUGUUGGCGCUCAGAGACCCCCCUGAUUUAUAAAGCCGUACCCAGCUGGUUUAUUAGGGUGGAACCCCUGGUGGAGAAGCUUCUUGCUAACAACCAGGAGACAUACUGGGUACCAGAGUUUGUGAAGGACAAACGCUUUGCCAACUGGCUACGAGAUGCCCAUGACUGGGCCGUAAGUCGUAACCGUUACUGGGGUACACCGAUCCCGUUAUGGUGCAGUGAAGAUCUAGAGGAAGUGGUCUGCAUUGGUUCCAUCGCAGAGCUUGAGGAACUGACCGGAGCUAAGAUCUCUGAUAUUCACAGAGAGAGUGUUGACAAGCUGACCAUCCCAUCCAAGAGACCUGGUAUGCCACCCCUGAAACGCGUUGAUGAAGUCUUUGACUGCUGGUUUGAAAGUGGAAGCAUGCCGUAUGCACAGGUGCAUUACCCAUUUGAGAACAAGAAAGAGUUUGAAGAAUCUUUCCCGGCUGAUUUCAUCGCUGAGGGGAUCGAUCAGACGAGAGGAUGGUUCUACACACUCCUAGUGCUCUCUACCGCCCUCUUUGACAAGCCACCGUUUAAGAAUCUUAUCGUCAACGGACUUGUCCUGGCAGCGGAUGGGCAGAAGAUGAGCAAGAGAAAGAAGAAUUACCCAGACCCUCUCGAGGUUGUCCACAAGUUUGGAGCGGACGCGCUCAGGUUGUAUUUGAUCAACUCUCCAGUUGUGAAGGCGGAGACUCUGAGAUUCAAGGAGGAGGGCGUCAAAGACGUCAUCAAAGACGUCUUCUUGCCGUGGUACAAUGCGUAUCGCUUCUUCAUGCAGAACGUGGAACGCUUUUGCAGGGAGGAGGGAAUAACGUUUCUCCACAAUGAGCAGACUUUUCAACCGUCUGAUAACUACAUGGAUCGAUGGAUUCUAUCUGCUUGUCAGUCGCUUAUUGUGUUCGUCAAACAAGAAAUGGCAGCCUACCGUCUGUACACUGUGGUACCUAAGCUCGUCAAGUUUGUUGACACCCUGACCAACUGGUAUGUGCGCUCUAACAGAAGACGAAUCAAGGGUGAGAAUGGAUGUGCAGACUGUGAGAGCGCCCUCCAUACGCUCUACAGUGUACUCUUCAGCAUGGUGCGUGUCAUGGCUCCUUUUACGCCCUUCUUAACGGAGCAGAUGUAUCAGAACCUUCAGCACCUGUUGGAGCCAGACGCAUCGCAGGGUCCAGACACGGCUAGUGUGCACUAUCUCAUGGUUCAACAACCAAGAGCUGAUCUGACAGACGCGACCAUUGAGAGAGCCGUUGGUCGAAUGCAGAGCGUGAUUGAGCUUGGUAGAGUGAUCCGUGAUAGGAACACAAUGCCCACCAAGUAUCCGCUACGGGAAGCUGUGAUCAUCCACACUGACCAGCAAUGUCUGGAUGAUGUGGUGUCUCUGGACAAGUACAUCAAGGAGGAAUUGAACAUCCGUAGCGUCACCACGUCCCAAGACAAGGAGAAGUACGGCGUAUCCCUCAAGGCGGAGCCCGAUCAGGCCGUCCUCGGAAGACGUCUUAAAGGAGACCUAAAGAAGGUAGCUCAAGCCGUACGAGAGCUGACCGACGCCCAACUCCAGGAGGUCCGCAAUGUGGGACGGAUCGAGAUACUCGGUCAUGUGAUCGAAGAGAGUGAGUUGAGGAUGAGUUAUGCAUUUGCUCAGACGGGGAAUGGAGGGGACAAGGCCAAGUACGAGGCACACUCCGACAACCAGAUUCUAGUUCUACUUGACGUUACUCCAGACCAGUCCAUGCUUGAUGAAGGAACAGCUAGGGAAGUCAUCAACCGCAUCCAGAAACUCAGGAAAAAGGCCAAGCUAGUACCCUCGGAUGACAUCACCAUCUUUACUCAAGUCAAGCCAUCAACAGACCGCCUGAGUGACAUCAUCAAGUCACAUGACCAGUACAUCUAUGCCACCAUCAAGCAGCCUAUUUAUCCGUUCCCGGUAGUAGCGGGGGAAGAAAUUAUCAGAGAGACUUGCCAGCUCAAGGGAAUUGAGCUCGAACUAGUCUUCAUCAGAGGUAAUGUCAAAGGUCAAACCAAGUCAAUGUCAACACCUGCUGAAGCAACCGCCAAUGGUCCGGCACCUUUCUGUAGAUUUGUAAACAUCGAACUUUGUGGUACACAACCACAGUGUGGAGCCUCAUCAACGCAGGGUACCAUACUCCUGGAGAACCCAAGGGGAGAUUUCCCUCUUUCAGUUCCAGAGCUUGUCAAACAGGUCGGUGUGGUCUUCGGACUCCAUGGCAAGAAAGUUGGACUGUACAGGUCAAAGGACAUGACAAAUGAACUGAUGUCUGUGAAUCUACAUGAUGUAUUUACUCUUCAUGGUAGUACUGUCUACGCAUUUGUGAGAUGAACACAACAGAUUCAUUUCAUCCAUUGAAACAUUUUAUUUGAAACCAUAAUGCAAUGAGAUUAAUUAUAUUUUACGUGACCUUUCACUAAAAUCAGGAGAGGAGAACCUUCUGUAGCAUUUUAAGAUUUCUUCAGAAGUUUUGAAAAUGUCUGCCCUCAGUUAACAAAAAAUAUUACGGUUCUACGGCCUUAUACUUAAGAGCAUGUAACAUGUGACAACACAUUGUCAUCGUUUUCAAAAUAAUUUCUACUUCAAGUGCGGUUUUCUCCGAACAUGAAAGUUUGGCUGCAGAGGUUAAAAUGGUGACAACAUGUUUCUCAAAGAGACACAGAGCCACAACAAUUUAAAAUUAACACAAGGGAAGAAAAUAAAAUCUUACAAUUCAUGGAAUUAUUUUUUUUAUCAAAUUAAAUUUUGAUAUAAAGUAAAGGAUUAUUAUCAGCGCUUAUUCUAACCGUUCUUGAGUGUGAGUGGCAAUUAUGAUACAAAAUGUAAACAUUUCUCAUACGACAAGUGUACUAUCUUGCCUGCCGGUAAUGCCCUGGAAUCGAUAGGUCACACUAUUUGUCAACAAGGUGAGAAGGUGUAUGUAAACAGGUGAUGGUAGGGGUGGUGGGGGUUCAACAGUAUGGUUGUUUAAAGGCACUGGACACUAUUGGUAAAUACUCAAAAUAAUUGGUAGCAUAAAAACUUACUUGAGUAAUGGA